AUGGAGUGGAACUUCGACCCUUUUUCUAACAACUCGUUUAACCAUUACGGCAAUAACCCAAUAAAUGCGAGUCAUUCGGCUGGCGGUAUUAUACAACGGACUCAAUCACCCAAGGUUUGGGGGGGUACCACUCUCGGAGUGGUAUAUCAGGAUGGUGUGAUGCUUGCCGCCGAUACCUUAGGUUCCUGGGGUCAACUUGCUCGAUACAGAAAGGAGGAGAGAUUAUAUCCUGUUGGCAAUUUUACAGCAAUUGCCUACGCUGGAGACAUGUCUGAUUUUCAAUAUACAAAACAUAUGUUGGAUUCGCUCAUGAUAAAGGAAUACUACAUCAACGAUGAUCAUGUAUUAUCAACUCCGCAUGUAUAUGAAUAUUUAAGUCGUGUCAUGUAUCAUAGAAGAACAAAAAUGGAUCCACUUUGGAAUACAUUUAUUGUCGGAGGAUACAAUAAUGGCGAAAGAUUCCUGGGAUACGUUGACUUACUCGGUACAACGUAUCAAUCUUCCGCAAUUUCAACAGGCCUUGGGGCAUAUUAUGCACAACCUAUCCUUCGUAAAGCUGUUGAAGGCCGCGAGGGUCUUCUUACAGAAGCAGAAGCAAUCGAGCUCUUAAACAGUUGUAUGAGAGUAUUAUUUUAUCGAGACUGUAAAGUAAUAAAUAGCAUACAACGAGCUAAAGUGACAGCUGCCGGGGUGGAGAUAACCGAACCGUAUUCUGUAUCCUCCGAGUGGGGAUUUGGUGAAGGAGUUCGAGGAUUUGGAUCGCAAAAGCAGUGA